AUCUAAGAGAGAGAAACCCGAAUAUAUUCGGAUCCUGUAACCUGGUAUUCUGGAAAUUACAAUUAGGUUCGCAAACUCCAAUUUCAUCUUCCCAGUUUCAUUCAUUAAAAAGGAAAAUUUAGAGAGAGAAGCAACAAUGGCGAUGACUCUUGCUAAACUCAGAUCCGGCGUUCAAUCUGCCAUCCGCGCUGGUCGUUCCUCCGAUCUCACCAAGCGCCCCUUCUCUUCUUCCACCCACCACGACGUUGCCUACGAGGCUAAAGAGGCAUCAAAAUGGGAGAAAAUUACUUACCUUGGAAUAAUUAGUUGCACAACCUUGGCAAUCUACCAACUUUCCAAGCCUCAUCAUCACUUUCCAGAGCCUCCUGCAUACCCUUACAUGCACAUUCGCAACAAGGAGUUCCCAUGGGGACCUGAUGGGCUCUUUGAGGUGAAGGAACAUCAUUAAUCAUGCCGGUUUGCUCUUACCAUUUCAUGUUAUUGUCAUUGGAUCAAUCUCGUCUUUGGAAGAUGAAUUUUCUACUUCAAUGUUUUUCACAGUGCUCAAGCACGCAAAGUUCUUUGUCGAGAUGAAUGUAUGGACCGUUUGUGGGAGGGUAUUGGUCUUUUGUGAUUUGGACAUGCCUUUUGACUGUAAUUCUUCAAAUAAAAUGUGGUUAAUACUUUGAUAUGCAUUCCUUAGUAUUCAUAGUUUGUGCUUUUGUUCGAGGUCCUUUUUUAAAUCCAGCACGAUAUUUUCUUUCA